AUGAAGUUCGGAAAAACUUUAUUGAAAAAUCACAUACCAGAGUGGUCAAGGCAUUAUAUAAGCUAUAAAGCUUUGAAGAAGUUCAUAAAUAAUGCUGUUAAAACAACUUCGCGAGGGGGAACGACCGUUGACGAUGACUGUGUAGUCGCCUUCUUUUUCACGCUCGAUAGUGAACUAGAGAAGGUCAAUAAUUUUUUUUUAUACAAAUGCGCCGAAAUAGAACGUCGAUUAAGAAUUUUGUCAGAAAAAUAUCGCCCUUCGCUAAAUAGUCCAUCUAUCGAUUUUAACUCGAUCGAUCAUGGAUCUAAUGCGCAUUCCAUCGAUCCAUUUGCGGAUACUGAAUUAUUAUCCGUAUUGUUAGAAACUAAGGAUAAAGUUCACCAACUUUUAUAUUUUGCGGACUUGAAUAUCAAGGGAUUUGGCAAAAUUCUGAAAAAAUUUGAUAAGAAAUUAGGUAGAGAUGCUAAAGGCCUUUAUUUAAAAACAAAGGUCGAUAAACUUCCGUUUGCAACAGGUUCAUUACUUAUUGACAUGUUGGAUUCCACUGAACAUUGGAUUCAAGAAGUUCAACGUCGAGUGACAGAUUAUGAACAAAAUCCUCAUCAUGACGCCAAAUCCACGACAAAAGCUCGCCUUCUACGAAUAAAUUUGACUGAAGAACAGAUCAAAAUACUGUCGGAGUCAGUUCAAAACGAUAAUUGUAUAAAAUUACUUCUCGAAUCUGGAGCCAGUAUAGCUGAUGAUUAUGAUAUAAAUGAACGGUCAUUGAUUCAUAAAUUGGUGAUAAAUGGUGGUAAAUUACCAUCAGAUAAUUCAUCAUCUUUAACAUCUUGUUCCCCGAUAAAUAAUGGUAAUAGCUCAGGGGGACAAAUGAUAUAUUCUAUUACUACGUUUCAAGUGCAAAGUUGUCAAAGUCAAGUCGUUUGUGAAGAUAUAAAUUUAAUAUCUUGGAUCUUUGAAAAUAUUCCUCAAGCAGAAUAUUCAAAAGUCUCGUCUACCGACGCAUUUGGUAGAAGACCUUUGCAUUACGCGGCCAUUAAUGGAUUUGAAAAAAUCACUGGGCUGCUUUUGGGAUUUGUAAUUAGAACUGGACAGUUUUCAUUACAACAAGGGUUCAGUGAUCCUUCCUGGUUUGAUAAUGAUGGGUUCACGCCGUUAUUUUAUGCAAUUAUACGAGGACAUACUAAAGUUGUGAACUGUAUAAUUAAGGGGAGCAAUAUGAAGAAUGUUGAUGCCAUUAGUAACGCUGCCGAUCCUUCUCCGUCACUUGGAUCAAUUAACUCUACACCCACCACGAUUAAUCCUGCUGUAAGUCAGUACGCAAUGGCAUCCGCUCAUGUGUCGUCAUAUGUUUUUUCGCAUAAUCGAACACAAACUCCGCUCGCUACUGCUUGUAAAUUUGGCCAUAGUGAAACAGCAAAACUUUUGCUCGAUUUUGGUGCUGAUCCUGAUAUCCGGGAUGAAGAGGGAGAAACUCCGUUACAUUUGGCUGCUCGUAACGGAUUUGAUGAUUGUGUGAGGUUAUUGGUUGGAUUAGAUGAACAUCAGAAUUCACGUGAAAAUAUUGACACUAAUUUUAAAAAAGCAAAUAUGGAGAUUAAGGAAAAAUUUUAUGGAUGGACACCUUUGUUUUUGGCAGCUGUAGAAGGUCAUACAGAGUGUGUCAAAGUGCUAAUAAAAGCAGGCGCUGAUCCUAAUGUGAUGGACUAUUCCGGUUGGACUCCACAUGUACAUGCGGUUUUCCGGGGACAUUAUGCAGUGAAAAACAUUUUGCGUCCUCUAACUGCGUUUGAAGAACCUAAUCCAUCACCUAUAAUUGCAAAUGUAGAGAUUAAUUCAGAUAUUUCAAAUGUUACUUCAGCUGAAUUUGCAUAUGGUCAUAAAUAUCUACAAGAUCAAUCUUUGAUUCUUGUAACACUUGGAAAUACCGAUACCCGUAAAGAUAAUGUUCCGGUAGAAUUAUAUAAUACAUCUAUUUCCAUGAUGCCACCGACGUUAAUUUCACUUGUAGUUUCUGCCAAGAAUGCCACCGGAGAGCCAGCUAUUAUGGAUCUUCCAGUUAAUAAAACAGUCAUUGAUCCAAUCAUGUUUUAUUCAUCUAAUAUAGAUGAAGUUAUUUUGACAUUUGAUGUUGUACCCGCUUUUGGAACAAAAAAGCAAUCAAUCGGACGUGCUUGUGCAUUACUUUCAUCCGUGAAAACUACUUCGGGUUUGCAACAUAGUUCUUUAAUGGGUUAUGUGACUGUUCCGAUUCUUGGUAUGGGCACAUUGGAAGUUAUUGGACGGGUGAUUUUUGAGUUUUUAAUAGUCAGGCCGUUCAAAAACGAGAACCUUGCUGUUGGUAAUAAGCAUACAUAUCGGAGGUCGUUUACUACCAAAGUUAUCGGACAUCGUGGAUUUGGUAUGAAUAGGGCAGGAACUCCAAGUUUACAAAUAGGAGAAAAUACUCUUAUUAGUUUUAUAACGGCAGCAUCACUUGGAGCAGAGUAUGUUGAAUUUGACGUUCAACUUACGAAGGAUGGGGUCCCCGUCAUUUAUCAUGACUGGACCAUCACAGAAACUGGCUAUGAUAUUCCAAUUCAUGCCAUUACCCUUGAACAGUUUCUGAAUUUAAAAAAGCAAAAAACUGUUAAUAGUCAAAAAUCUGAAGAACGUUUAGUUAAUCAUCGUAGGGAAUUUCCUUUUAUUGCUAGUAGUAUUAAUCAACAAAACAAUAAAAAGUUGAAAAGGUCUAAUAGCGUUGGAUCUGUAACUUCUUUAACACAUCCCGAACCUAUGGGGAAAUUGAAGGGAAAUAGUAAUGGUUCGAUUCAAGGUCCGUUUACAACCUUGGUCGAAACGUUUAAGAAAGUGCCGAUUCAUAUCGGGUUUAAUAUCGAAGUUAAAUAUCCAAUGAUAGAUGAAGCGGAGGCUGACGAUUUACCAUCAUAUCACACAGAGUUAAACUUUUUCGUGGACACAAUUCUUCAAUGUGUCUAUGACAACGCUCAAGACCGUAAUAUUAUAUUUUCUUCUUUUCAUCCCGAUAUAUGUUUAAUGUUGGCUUUUAAACAGCCAAAUUAUCCGGUAUUCUUCUUAUCGGAUUGUGGAGAGACAACCCUUGCAGAUGCGAGGUGCAACUCUAUUCAAGCAGCAAUAAGAUUUGCAAAAAAUGCGGAUUUAUUAGGCAUAGUAUCUAAUAGUGCCCCUAUUAUUGAAGCACCAAAGUUAAUUGCGACAAUUAAGGAAGCAGGAUUAUUACUGUUUACUUAUGGUACAAUGAACAAUGAGGUGGAGAAUGUACAAUUGCAGCGAAAAGCUGGUGUAGAUGCUGUUAUUGUGGAUUCUGUAUUGGCUAUAAGAAAAGGACUUCAACAAAGUCAAUCUUAA